AUGGGAAUAUUUUCAAAGAGCUGUUCAUCGCAGUCGGGCUCUGGUUCUUUAGGUUCUGUACAUAUAGUUCCAUCAUUUUUAACGCAAACGGACUCGGGUUCUUUAGGUUCUUCUGGACAUGUAGUUUCAUCAUCUUCAACGCAAUCGGACUCGGUUGGUGGACAUGUAGUUUCAUCAUCUUCAACACAAGUUGUUCAGGUGCAGGCUCUUUUGGUGAUUUUGGUGAUUCGGGUUCAGGCUCUUUCGGUUGUUCAGGUGCCGGCUCUUUUGGAGAUUUUGGAUCUUGUCGUUUUCGAAGAAUGCUUGCUGAAUUCUUCCGUUCAAGAGUUGGAUGUGCAUAAUUAA